CCCCACAUUAAACCCAGUUUAGUUAUUUACAGCUAAUAUUUUCAUUUUUCAUACAAAAUAACAAAAAUAUAUAUACGUAGGUCCCACACUGCUUCUUAAUAGAAAACCUCUCUCUCUCUCCUUCUUCCUUCACCGGAAUCACAACCGUUCAUCUCGCCGGAAAAUAAAGAAACAAAAUAAAGAUGGUGCUGUUGUAAAGGUUUCAGAGAGAGAGAGAGAGAGAGAGAGAGAAACGAUGGCGACUCCGGCGAAGAUUCAACUAGUAUUGGAGAUCAACUUGAUCUCAGCACAAGGUUUGAAACCACCGUCAUCACUACGGCGAAGAUUUCAAACCUACGCACUCACAUGGAUCGACUCUUCCACCAAGCUACGAACACGAGUCGACAAAAUCGGAGGUCAGAACCCUACAUGGAAUGAUAAAUUCCUCUUCAAAGUCACGCCGGAGUUUCUCGCCGGCGAAACGUCAGGUAUCUGUGUCGCAAUCUACGCCGUUGGUACUUUCCGUGAUCAUAUCGUCGGUACUGUUAGGUUCCUCAUAAGCAACAUCCUCUCCUCCGACUCCGUCAACGGCAACGGCAACGUGAACGUGAACGUGAACGUGAACAGAACUCCUUGCUUCAGCGCUGUUCAAAUUCGUCGUCCGUCGGGGAGGUUCUACGGCGUAAUUAACAUCGGAGCAAUGGUGGUUGAUGGUUCAGAUUUUCCGGCGGCACUGGAGAAAAUCUCAGCGAUAGGUUACCGUGAUCUAAUGGGAGAGAAGAUAAAACACCGUCGGAGAAAGUUGUUAGAACCGAAAUUGAAGGAGGUGGUUACCGGAGAAGAAGUUUCGAGUGAAUCUUGUGAUAACGAUAAUUCUUGUACGGAAUCAGUUGAUGAAGAAGAAUCAACAACGACGUCGUCUUCAACAUCACCCAAAACGACGGCGUUAAAGGAUUGGAAUGGAGUGAGAGAAUUAACGGUAACGGGUAAAACAGGGUUAGCGGGUUCAGGAUUCUUAUGCUGUUUGGUUGCACAGAGAAAUGUUCACUCUCUUGCUCCUACCAAUUCUAACAUCAGCAGGUAACAAUGAAAAA